GUCAAGGAUUUAAUUUCAAAACAGCCCACCCCUCUUUGCUGGCAAUAAACGUGGGUGGUGGGGAGAAAUAUGCCGUCUCUGGAGUUCGUAUAUAGUGCACCAUCCCCCCGGUGUCUGCUGGCAGGCCUGGAUUAGGUGGAUGCAGAGCUGUUAAUCCUAUCCUAGUUUUCAAAACAAGCCCUUCUGUAUAAUAAGAAGUAAAUCUCAUUUUGGGCUGCGGACUUGAUUCAACGGAAAAUGCAGUGAAAUGAGGGUGCCGGUGGUUAGUACAAAUCCGUUUCCUUUGGAUUUGGGCCAGCGAGUGGGUGUCUGAGGGCGAACUCUGCAGAAGCAUCUCCUAGGCGUGUUUGGGUUCAGGUUUGAUUAAAAAAAAAUAAUAAAUAAAUGUAUUACCACAUUACCAUGACUUAUUUGGGAAAAAAAAAAAAAAAAAGGAAAUUGUGUGUUCUGGCAUGUUUCCUAACCCUUUCAGCAUUGAUCUUAAAUUACCUGCUAAAAUUCAUACAGCAGGGCUGUGCACUGCCAGGGGUUGCGCAGUCUCAGGGGUGGUGGGGAGGCUCCAGGUGCCACCUCUUCUGGCACUUCUUUUUGUGCCCAAGGCCACUUGUGUCCAUCAGCUGUCAGGGACCUGUCCUGAGGGUCUGUCCUGACGCUCGUUUGGCGAGCAGGGGAAGGGGGAAGCACAGGAAUACACCCCGCCUGACUCCCCCCAUCUGCCAGGGGAGUCACAGAAAUCAACCCCUGACUUUAGGAACAACCAAAACAACCUCCUCGGCAUUUAUUAGGUGGUGUAGGCUGCUCGCUACUGUGAGAAUUAAAUCCUUAAAACUUACUUUUCAGUUUAUGAACAGAAAUGUGUGUAAUUACUGACAAAAGGUAAUACAGGCAGUGUACUUGAGUGCGUUUUAAAAUAGAAGCUUAAGUCAGAGUGAAGGAGGUUUAAUUUUUAAAUGCACAAUCCUCUGUUAUGCUGAAGAGAGACCCUAGAACUUACAACUUUACUUUUAAUUAAUUUUUCACUGAAAAGUACAACUUAUCAAAAAUUCACUUAUUUGCACUUACGUAAAUUAUGCUUAUUGAUAUGCACAGACUUAAUGCAGAUAGCUCUGACAUAAAUUAAACUGUUUGCUGAAAGUGAUAAAUUAAAAAUAUCAUCAGCGUUGUAAAACACAGUCAUAAUCUAAAAAUGUCCUAAGUAAGAAACAAGUGAUUUCUUUGUGGUUCGCAUAGACUUUAUGACUAAAUUGCCAGGUUGCUAAUCCAAUUGUUGAAAAUUAAUUCCGUGGUUUAGAAAAAUGUGUUGGUUGAAAUUGUUGCCUGUGCUAUUUCACUUUCUCUGAGGUGGCAACAGUCUGUAGUCCGUUACGGGUUGUGACUGAGAUGGGCAGCUCUGGGUUUGGUUCCUGCUUUGGUCAAGUUGUCCCUUUCUGAGCUUUUGCUCACAAGUUAGGCAAACCAUUUUUCCACCAAAUAACUAACACGUUUAUGAUGUGCUAAUAAAGUUAGGAUAAAUUGCACUUAGUAAUUUUGUAAAAGAAUACUUAGAUUUGCCUUUCUGUCUGAGAAGAAAAAAUAUGUAUUUCGUCAUACAUAGGGCAGUGCAUGGCAGUUUGUGACACUUUUAAAAAUGUCAUUUAUCUUAAAUGGACAGAACAAGGAAAAUUUAGGCCUCAAUGCUUUGCUGCUGCUAUUCUGCUUUUCUUUUUUUCUUGCUGCUAAUUGGAUUAAAAGCCGUUUUGGUUACUAUGGCAUCCCGUGAGGAGAUUACUGUCUGUGAAGAUGAAGUAAGGUCUCGGUACAGCCACUUAGAGAAGAUGACAGAUUUGGUGGCUGUUUGGGAAGUAGCUUUAAGUGAUGGUGUUCAUAAGAUUGAAUUUGAACAUGGGACCACUUCAGGGAAACGUGUUGUCUAUGUUGACGGAAAGGAAGAAAUAAGAAAAGAAUGGAUGUUUAAAUUAGUGGGUAAAGAAACAUUCACUGUUGGAGCAUCCAAAACAAAAGCUACUAUUAACAUUGAUGCAGUCAGUGGCUUUGCGUAUGAAUAUACUUUGGACAUCAAUGGAAAGAGCCUCAAGAAGUAUAUGGAGAACAGGUCAAAAACAACCAAUACUUGGAUAAUGAGCUUGGGUGGUACGGACUAUAGAGUUGUCCUAGAAAAGGACACUAUGGAUGUGUGGUGCAACGGUCAAAAAAUGGAAACAGCGGGUGAAUUUGUAGAAGAUGGGACUGAAACUCACUUCAGUGUUGGUGAUUACAGCUGUUGUAUUAAGGCUGUCAGUAGUGGAAAACGAAAGGAAGGAAUUAUUCAUACCCUUAUUGUGGGUGACAGAGAAAUCCCAGAGGCUGUGGAGUAGCCUCUAGUUAACUGAUUAUUGUAGGACUAAGAUCAGGAAUUUUCAAUUACUGUGGUAAUUAUUUUAAUAUGUACUACUUGGUACAUCUGUUUGUGCUGGGUUUAUUUUCUAGUUUCUGUAUAUGAAAUUAUUCUUUUUGAGGACCAGAUGAAAAUAAUUAUAUACAACCUCUUACAUUACCAGUUUUUAAAAAACUAUAUAUAUAGAAUAUAUAUUAUAUGACUAAGUGAAGACAACACUGGUGAACUGAAGUAGAAAUGAUACACUAGAAAAAAAUCUCACUAUAAUAAAAUGGAAGAUAAAUAUUCGGUAAGAGUGAAUUCUUACAAACUGUGGGUGUAUGUGGAGGGAGGAGGAAGCAUGUGCUGGGCAUUCGAGUAAGCUGUUAAAAUUUUCUCAGUAAUUAUUUUUUUAUUAAACUGACUACCAAUGUUUUUCAGAUGCAGUUAAGCAAAUUACAAAGUUAAUAAAAAGGUUAUUAAUGAAAUA